UUAUUCUCUGCUGUCAAACUGACAAUUCGACAUGUCAACCAUUGUCAACAUAAUUUGUUGUUAUUUUUACAGCUGUUUCAUAAUGUAAUUUUAUUUUCUGUUCUAUUUUAUUGCGUAUAACUCUUUGUAAACACGAAUAGUAGUUAAACGCAAAUAAUACGAAACGAAUUUACCAUGGAUUCACAUCCAUUAAAUUUGGCCCAUCACCAACAUCGGCGGGCUGAAGCGCAUCUAAAUAACAAUAGAUAUGAUGAAGCCAUGCAAUGUCAUCACAAUGCAGCAGAACUUCUAUUAGACGCUAUGAAAUCUACUACAUCAUCGUUUGCGCUCGAAUCGAUCACAUUGCAACACAGCUAUCAUCUAAAGCAGAAAGACCUAAUUAGAAGCAAAAAGGAACAAUACGCUCGAGUAAAGAAAGCCAUGGACACUAUAAAAUGGCUGGGGAAAGAGCCUUUGUCUAAUCUUCAAGGUCAUGAAUAUGCCAAGUUACAGGUGGCAAUAUAUAGAGCAAUCAAUGAGACAGACUCAUUACUGCUAGCAUUACAGAACAAAACGAAUAAUGGAGUCCAGGGAAUAGGAAAAGAUAAUGCUUCCAAAGAUGUUACAGAUGGCAAAAGAACAGAAAAAACACAGGAAACUGUUGUAGAGGAAUUACAAAUUUUGAGCCAGAAUCUUCAUUCACUAGUGGAACAAUUGGUUUUACAAGUUGAAGUUUUAAAAGAUGAGAACAUGACUCUUAAGGAAAGGGUUAAUUAUUUAGAAAAAGAAAGAAUUAAAUAUUUGAAUCUACCAACAUCAAAUGAUCUGUUGCAUAAUUUUUCUACAUUGAACUUGGAAAGUGAUGGUACAUACAAUGAUCCAAUAUUAAGGGCAACAACCAAAACUGCAUCUCAAAGUAGACCAACAAAUUCUGAUAUAACUACUGAUAGGAACAUACAACAAUCACAUUUUGAUUUAAGUGCCCUCAAGGAUAAUUGAUGUUAUUAUUUAUUUAAUUGAAUCUUUUAAAAAUAUAUUUUAGUAAUAUUGUUGAUUUUAAGUGUAUUAGGAGUUAUGUCUACAUUAUCUGUUUAUUAUUAAUAAUAAAUUACAUGACAGUGAAAUAAAA